CGAUUUAUUUUAAAAAAUUCAAUUCCCCACCGCUCACCAUAAGCAUACUUCUCCCCCCCCCCCUCUCUCUCUCUCUCUCUCUCACACACACACCAAGUUCACACAUAUAUAUGUAUAGGAAUCAACGAACGAGUACGCUCAUUGGCUCCGUUCUUAUUUUAUAGACGCCUUCUUACAUCAAACGAGCACAAGGCAGCUCACAGGCAGGAGGGAGUUGUGAAUAAUGGGAAGUUUGAAGGCGAUUCUGAAGCAUCCGGAUGAUUUCUAUCCGAUGUUGAAGCUGAAGAUGGCCGCACGGCACGCGGAGAAGCAAAUCCCACCGGAGCCACACUGGGCGUUCUGUUAUACCAUGCUCCACAAGGUUUCUCGCAGUUUCGCUCUCGUCAUUCAACAACUCGGCACCGAACUCCGCAACGCCGUGUGCAUUUUCUAUUUGGUUCUUCGAGCCCUUGACACUGUUGAGGAUGAUACGAGCAUACCCACUGAGGUUAAAGUACCUAUUCUGAUUGCUUUUCAUCGGCACAUAUAUGACCGCAACUGGCAUUUUUCAUGUGGUACAAAGGACUACAAAGUUCUCAUGGACCAGUUUCAUGAUGUUUCCACAGCUUUUCUGGAACUUGGCCGCAGUUAUCAGGAGGCAAUAGAGGACAUUACCAUGAGAAUGGGUGCAGGAAUGGCAAAAUUUAUAUGCAAGGAGGUAGAAACAAUUGAUGACUAUGAUGAAUAUUGUCACUAUGUGGCAGGACUUGUUGGAUUAGGGCUGUCAAAGCUUUUCCAUGCAUCUGGGAAAGAAACUUUAGCAUCAGAUUCAAUCUCAAAUUCAAUGGGUUUAUUUCUUCAGAAAACAAACAUUAUCCGAGAUUACCUGGAGGACAUAAAUGAGAUACCAAAAUCACGCAUGUUUUGGCCUCGCCAGAUAUGGAGUAAAUAUGUCAACAAACUUGAGGACUUAAAAUAUGAGGAAAACUCAGUCAAAGCAGUGCAGUGUCUGAAUGACAUGGUCACAAAUGCUUUAAUCCAUGUUGAGGAAUGCCUGACAUACAUGUACAACUUACGAGAUCCUGCUAAUUUCCGAUUUUGUGCUAUUCCACAGAUCAUGGCAAUUGGAACCUUAGCUUUAUGCUACAACAACGUUGAAGUUUUCAGAGGGGUGGUAAAAAUGAGACGUGGUCUUACUGCCAAAGUUAUUGACCGAACAAAAACAAUGUCAGACGUGUAUGGUGCUUUCUUUGAUUUUUCUUGUAUGCUGAAGUCCAAGGUUGAUAAGAACGAUCCCAGCGCCACAAAAACAUUAAGCAGGAUAGAAGCAAUUCAGAAAACUUGCAGGGAAUCUGGAACCCUAAGCAAAAGGGGGUCUUACAUAAUCACAAGCGAGCCAAGAUACAAUUCAGCUCUGAUUGUUCUAAUCUUCAUUGUCCUGGCAAUCCUUCUUGCGUAUAUUUCUGCAAACCGAUCAAAUAAUAUAUGAUUUGCUGCUGUGAGAACCUAUGGUUAUUCAUGACUAGCUGUAUGUAUAAUGGUCAUCCUCAACUGUUUAUGAAUAUUAUUACAUAAAUAUUUUAUUAAGUAUUCUGUAUCUUGCAAGUCUAUGUAAAAACUCUUUAUCUGUAGUUUGACAACUCAAUAAAAGAGUGAAAUGAGCCAACAUUUCGACUCUUUAUUUCCACAUUAUAAACCUUCAAAGAGAGCUCUCUUUCUGGUCAAGGUAACCCAGUUGAUGUAAUUGAGAUGGGAAAAAUGUAUGUUGUUUGUAUUUUAUUCUCUUUGACUCUAUUUUGUUUCAUACAAUUCGAAGAAACUAGAUGAUUUUGAAGACCAGUCAACAUUAUUGCAAUUUUUCCUAUUUCCAGAUCAUAUAUUCCCAUGGUCCCAGCAGGUGCUAAGCUUAUAUAUGUUUACUCAGAUUUUCUUUUAGCGUUG